UAUCUCGUACUGUUGUGUUCAGGUGGUGUGGAUGGAAGUAGAGCGUUAUAGCGCACUUAUUUUUAAUUCAACGUAUUUGUAAGUGUUUUGUUUUUCUUUUUGAGUCAAUAAAGGAAGUACAUUCAAUCCAAUAUGUAUGAUCAAGAUGAAGAUAUUCAGUAUGAUGAAGAUGACGAUGAGAUCACUCCAGACUUGUGGCAGGAAGCCUGCUGGAUUGUCAUCAGUUCUUAUUUUGAUGAAAAGGGUUUGGUGAGGCAGCAGCUGGACUCUUUCGAUGAGUUCAUCCAGAUGUCAGUACAGAGGAUUGUGGAGGAUGCCCCACCCAUCGACCUGCAGGCUGAGGCCCAGCACACCUCUGGAGAAGUGGAGGAGCCCCCACGUUACCUGCUGAAGUUUGAGCAGAUUUAUCUUUCCAAACCUACGCACUGGGAGAGAGAUGGAGCUCCUUCUCCUAUGAUGCCAAAUGAAGCUAGACUCCGAAAUCUUACGUACUCUGCUCCUCUCUAUGUGGAUAUCACCAAAACCAUCAUCAAGGAAGGGGAGGAGCAGCUGCAGACGCAGCACCAGAAAACCUUCAUCGGAAAGAUUCCCAUCAUGCUGCGCUCCACCUACUGCUUACUCAGUGGGCUGACAGACCGUGAUCUCUGUGAGCUUAAUGAGUGUCCCCUGGACCCGGGAGGCUAUUUCAUCAUUAACGGAUCAGAAAAGGUUCUGAUCGCUCAGGAGAAGAUGGCCACAAACACAGUGUAUGUGUUUGCCAAGAAGGAUUCCAAGUACGCCUACACCGCAGAAUGCCGGUCCUGUCUGGAGAACUCUUCCCGUCCCACCAGUUCCAUCUGGGUCAGCAUGAUGGCCAGAGGUGGUCAGGGUGUGAAGAAAAGUGCCAUUGGCCAGAGAAUCGUGUCCACUCUGCCGUACAUCAGGCAGGAAGUGCCCAUAAUCAUCGUGUUCCGCGCCUUGGGCUUCGUGUCUGACCGCGACAUCCUGGAGCACAUCAUCUAUGACUUUGAUGAUCCAGAAAUGAUGGAAAUGGUCAAGCCUUCCCUGGACGAGGCCUUUGUGAUUCAGGAACAGAACGUGGCUCUGAACUUCAUCGGCUCUCGAGGUGCCAAGCCCGGGGUUACCAAGGAGAAGAGAAUUAAAUAUGCCAAGGAGGUGCUGCAGAAAGAAGUGCUGCCACACGUGGGAGUCAGCGACUUCUGCGAGACGAAGAAGGCUUACUUCUUAGGGUAUAUGGUCCACAGGCUGCUCCUGGCCGCUCUAGGCAGGAGAGAGCUGGACGACAGAGAUCACUAUGGCAACAAGAGGCUGGACCUGGCGGGGCCGCUUCUUGCUUUCUUGUUUCGCGGAAUGUUUAAGAAUCUGUUGAAGGAGAUCCGAAUCUACGCCCAGAAGUUCAUUGACCGGGGGAAGGAUUUUAACUUGGAGUUGGCUAUUAAGACUCGCAUCAUCUCAGAUGGGCUGAAGUACUCUCUGGCCACAGGGAACUGGGGAGAUGUCAAGAAGGCCCAUCAGGCCAGAGCUGGAGUGUCUCAGGUGUUGAACCGCCUGACCUUUGCUUCAACCCUGUCGCACCUGAGGCGUGUGAACUCUCCCAUUGGUCGAGACGGGAAGCUGGCCAAACCCAGACAGCUCCACAACACCUUGUGGGGCAUGGUGUGCCCAGCUGAAACCCCAGAGGGACACGCUGUGGGGCUCGUGAAGAACCUGGCUCUGAUGGCCUACAUCUCUGUGGGUUCCCAGCCCUCCCCUAUCCUUGAGUUCUUGGAGGAGUGGAGUAUGGAGAACCUUGAAGAGAUCUCCCCGGCUGCUAUCGCCGAUGCGACCAAGAUUUUUGUAAACGGCUGCUGGGUAGGAAUCCACAAAGACCCCGAACAGCUGAUGAACACGCUGAGGAAGCUGCGCCGUCAGAUGGACAUCAUUGUGUCAGAGGUAUCUAUGAUCAGAGAUAUCCGCGAGCGAGAGAUCCGGAUUUACACCGAUGCCGGGAGGAUCUGUCGGCCUCUGCUGAUUGUAGAGAAGCAGAAACUGCUCCUGAAAAGAAGACACAUUGACCAGCUGAAGGAGAGGGAGUACAAUAACUACAGCUGGCAGGACCUGGUGGCAAGUGGGGUGGUAGAGUACAUUGACACUCUGGAGGAGGAGACGGUGAUGUUGGCCAUGACGCCUGAUGACUUACAGGAGAAGGGAGUGGCCUAUUGUUCCACAUAUACCCACUGCGAGAUCCACCCCUCUAUGAUCCUGGGAGUCUGUGCCUCGAUCAUCCCUUUUCCCGAUCACAACCAGUCACCAAGAAAUACGUACCAGUCUGCUAUGGGUAAACAAGCCAUGGGUGUGUACAUUACCAACUUCCACGUGCGCAUGGACACUCUGGCCCACGUGCUCUACUACCCACAGAAGCCCUUGGUGACGACGCGCUCCAUGGAGUACCUGCGCUUCAGGGAGCUCCCUGCGGGAAUCAAUUCUAUUGUUGCAAUUGCAUCAUACACUGGGUACAAUCAGGAGGACUCGGUCAUCAUGAACCGAUCUGCGGUGGACAGAGGAUUUUUCAGAUCUGUGUUUUACCGCUCAUACAAAGAACAGGAGUCAAAGAAAGGCUUUGAUCAAGAGGAGAUUUUUGAGAAGCCAACUCGUGAGACGUGUCAGGGUAUGAGGCACGCCAUCUACGACAAGCUGGACGACGACGGGCUGAUCGCGCCGGGCGUGCGCGUGUCCGGGGAGGACGUGAUCAUCGGCAAGACGGUCACGCUGCCGGAGAAUGAAGAUGAGCUGGACAGCACCAACCGGCGCUACACCAAGAGAGACUGCAGCACCUUCCUGCGCACCAGCGAGACCGGCAUCGUGGACCAGGUCAUGGUCACGCUCAACCAGGAGGGGUACAAGUUCUGUAAGAUAAGGGUGCGGUCAGUUAGAAUCCCCCAGAUUGGAGACAAGUUUGCCAGUAGACAUGGGCAGAAAGGUACUUGUGGGAUCCAGUACAGACAAGAGGACAUGCCCUUUACCUGUGAAGGAAUCACUCCUGAUAUCAUCAUCAACCCUCACGCCAUCCCCUCUCGAAUGACAGUCGGCCACUUGAUCGAGUGUCUUCAGGGCAAGGUGUCUGCGAACAAGGGGGAGAUUGGCGAUGCCACACCUUUCAACGAUGCUGUCAACGUGCAGAAGGUUUCUAACCUGCUCUCCGAAUACGGUUAUCAUCUGAGGGGAAAUGAGGUAUUGUACAAUGGCUUCACUGGCCGCAAACUGACCUCCCAGAUUUUCAUUGGCCCGACCUAUUACCAACGUCUGAAGCACAUGGUGGACGACAAGAUCCACUCCCGGGCUCGCGGGCCAGUUCAGAUCCUCAACAGACAGCCCAUGGAGGGUAGAUCUCGCGAUGGAGGCCUGCGAUUCGGGGAGAUGGAGCGCGACUGUCAGAUUGCUCAUGGAGCCGCCCAGUUUUUGAGGGAAAGACUGUUUGAAGCCUCUGACCCGUACCAGGUCCACGUGUGCAACCUGUGCGGGCUGAUGGCCAUCGCCAACACGAGGACGCACACCUACGAGUGCCGAGGGUGUCGUAACAAAACACAGAUUUCUCUGGUCCGAAUGCCCUACGCCUGCAAGCUCCUCUUCCAGGAGCUGAUGUCCAUGAGCAUCGCGCCCCGCAUGAUGACCAACUAGUGAAGUCUGGCUUCUCGGAAACCGAUAUCUGAAGAGAGAAAACGUCUUGCGUUGCCUCUCCCUGUUGAGCUGAAAACAGGGAGACUUCGAAAAUGAAGAUUUUCUGAAAGGCUUAAGUGCUGGAAUCAUUUACUUUUGGAAGUAAACGUAUGUUUGUGAGAUCACUGUUUAAGCAUAAGGAAUAUGCUUUUGUAUUGGUUAUUUUGUCAUUUGUUGUUUUAGAGAAAACUUAAUAAAGUUCUGAUUUUUAACA